UCCAGACUGGGAGCGUUCAAGCAUGGCGGCAGUGGGCGCUACUUUAGGACAUCUGGUGACGGCCCUGUACGAAGUGCAGGCUUUCAAGUUUGGGGAUUUCGUACUGAAGAGCGGGCUCUCCUCCCCCGUUUACAUCGAUCUGCGAGGGAUCAUAUCUCGACCGCGUCUUCUCAGUCAGGUCGCAGAUAGUUUAUUCCAAACUGCCCAAAAUGCAGGAAUCAGUUUUGACACUGUGUGUGGAGUACCUUACACAGCUUUGCCACUGGCUGCAGUUAUCUGCUCAACCCAUCAAAUCCCAAUGCUUAUUAGAAGGAAAGAAACAAAGGAUUAUGGUACUAAGCGUCUUGUAGAAGGAGCGCUUAAUCCUGGAGAAACUUGUCUAGUCAUUGAAGAUGUGGUCACCAGCGGAGGUAGUGUUCUAGAAACCAUUGAGGCUCUGCAGAAGGAGGGCCUGAAGGUCACCGAUGCCAUAGUGCUCCUGGACCGGGAGCAGGGUGGCAGGGACAAGUUGCAGGCCCAUGGGAUCCACCUCCACUCAGUGUGUACAUUGUCCACAAUGCUGGAGAUUCUCGAGCAGCAGCAAAAAAUUGAUGCGGAGAUGGUUGGGAGAGUAAAGCGAUUCAUUCAGGAGAAUGUCUUUGCGGCCACUCAUCAGAAUGGCUCUCUCCUCGCUAUAAAGAAAGCACCUGAAGAACUCAGCUUUGCUGCACGUGCAGAGCUGCCCGGGAUCCACCCGGUUGCAUCAAAGCUUCUCAGGCUUAUGCAGAAGAAGGAGACCAACCUGUGUCUGUCUGCUGAUGUUUCAGAGGCCAGGGAGCUGUUGCAGCUAGCAAAUACCUUAGGGCCCAGUAUCUGCAUGCUCAAGACACAUGUAGAUAUUUUGGAUGAUUUUACUCUGGAUGUGAUGAAGGAGUUGACAGCUCUGGCAAAACAGCAUGAGUUCUUAAUAUUUGAAGACCGGAAAUUUGCAGAUAUAGGAAACACAGUAAAAAAGCAGUAUGAAGGUGGUGUCUUUAAAAUAGCAUCCUGGGCAGAUGUAGUAAAUGCCCAUGUGGUGCCAGGCUCAGGAGUUGUGAAGGGCCUGGAGGAAGUGGGUCUGCCUCUGCACCGGGGCUGCCUGCUCAUUGCAGAAAUGAGCUCUGCUGGCUCCCUGGCCACCGGGGACUACACUAGUGCUGCGGUUAGAAUGGCUGAGCACCAUUGUGAAUUUGUGAUUGGUUUUAUUUCUGGCUCCCGAGUAAGCAUGAAACCAGAAUUUCUUCACUUGACUCCGGGAGUUCAACUGGAAACAGGAGGGGAUCAUCUUGGCCAGCAGUACAACAGUCCCCAAGAAGUUAUUGGCAGACGAGGUUCUGACAUCAUCAUUGUGGGCCGAGGCAUACUGUCUGCACCCAAUCACCUGCAAGCAGUGGAAAUGUACAGAAAAGCUGCUUGGGAAGCAUAUUUGAGUAGACUUGCUGUUUGAGUGCCUCAGAUACUUUUAUAUGAAGACAGUGAAGGUGUGUGGGCUCCUGAAAAUCACCGGCUGGAAAUGAGCUUUUCAAGCUUGCUUUUUUGUUUAGCCUGGUGUUUGUAGGCACAACUGUGGAAGACCCCAUCUAUAGCUGGGGCUAGUCUACUUUACUUUGUGUAUGUGGUACUAGGGAUUAAACCCUGGGUCCUUGCACUGAGCCAUAUCCCCAGCCCUCUUGUCUAUUUUGAGAAGGGGUCUCACUAAGUUGCCUGAGCUGGACUCAAACUUAUGGUCCUCCAGCCUUGGACUCCCAGAGUCCUGGGAUUACUGAUGUGUACCACCACACCCAACUUAUUCUGUUAAUGUUGGUGAGACACAUUUUUAGGAAUAAGAAGCUAAAAUGUGUAUCCUUUACUUUGUCUAAUAUAUUACUCAAGUAAUGACUAUCAGCAUUCACCUCCUUAAAAGUGAUAGUACAGAGCUGGCACAGUGGCUCAAACCUGUAAUCCCAACACUCUGGGAGGCUGAGGCAGAAAGAUCACAAGUUCAAGUCCAACCUGGGCAGCUUGUUAACUUAAUGAGACCCCAUUUCAGAAUUUAAGGUGGGGGUUGGGGGAUAUAACUCAGUGCACAGGCCCUGGGUUCAAUCCUCAGUAGUGGAAAAAAAGAAUCCCAGUGUCCUCAUGGUGCUGGUUCCCAGAACUGCUGUUGCUCGCUCACAGGCCAUGGGCUGGAGGGUGACUGCUGAGUCUUUAAUACCUGGCUGUCACUUCAACAUAUGCAAAGAGGUCAGGCUCAUUUCUGCUGCUCAGCAAAAGUUGUGGAUUUGGUGGAGUCGGCUUCCUUAUUCAGAUCAGAUGGACAACCUGCUGCUUUAUUUAAAAAACUGCAGCUCGCAAGUCUCAUUUAGGGAUUGGCUUCAGGAUCCCAUAUGAUUAGUUAUCCCAAUUGGAAUGAGCCGUGACAUCAGUCUUCACUAGUGGUAAAAGGAAGAAUUCCUUAGGCCAGUUAGGACAGAUAGUAGCAGAGACAACAAAAAGGAUUUACAGAUCAGGUUCAGAGAAUUCCAACAACAUGAAUCACCGAAAAAUGGAAGUGAGGUAUAGAAUUUAAUUGCUACAGCUUGAUCCACCAGUCACAUGUCAGCAGCUCAAUGAGUUAACCCAGUUAUUGUCAUUAAGCUCAGUAUUGGUUUGUUGGGCCCAUUGCAGGUGGCCCAGCUAAAUCGUGACCUCCCACAAAUUUUAAUAAACUUCUUCUUUCACUCACCUUCUCGGA